GUGCAUAAUGAAACACAAUUUAGCAAUAAGAAAACGGUGAAGUUGAGAGUUGGAGAAAUCUGGUUUCUCCCCUUGCCAGUUGCCAUCUUCUGUGUCACCAGUUUUGGCGGCGGCGCCACCAUCAUCCACCUGCCGGCUGCCGCUCUUCUCUCUCUCUCGAAGAUUGUGAAUCUUACUAAUAAUCCAGAGCUUUGAAGUUUGGAACUUCUAGAAAAAUCUGCUGUUACAAAUCGUUGCCCUAUGUAUUGACAUCAAGGAGAGGGAAAAAGGAAGAAAUGAUGGCUGCUAAUACCCUCCCUCUGUCUUCCCCUAUCUCAAAGGCCUUUCGUGUUCGUGAUCCUAAUCUCAGCCUCCCACAAUCUAUCCCUGUCAGUACAAAAUUCAACAAAAAGCCUUUCCUCACCUCAUGCCUCAAGACCUCCUUGGAAUCUAUUGUAGCACCAGAAACCAUUUCAACACCAGCACCAACCCGAGUCAAAAUCCUUUCAGAAGCAUUGCCUUUUAUUCAGAAGUUUCGAGGCAAGACAAUUGUAGUAAAAUAUGGAGGAGCUGCAAUGAAAUCAGAAGCCCUUCAGGCUUCUGUUAUUACUGAUCUUGUCCUCCUUUCUUGUGUUGGCCUCCGCAUUGUUUUUGUCCAUGGCGGGGGUCCAGAGAUCAACCAGUGGCUUGGACGUUUGGGAAUCCAACCCAACUUCUUAAAUGGGCUUCGUGUAACUGAUGCCUCUACAAUGGAGAUUGUGUCCAUGGUGUUGGUGGGUAAGGUUAACAAACAUCUUGUCGCCUUGAUCAACAAGGCAGGGGCAACUGCAGUCGGGUUAUCAGGUAUUGAUGGCCAGCUUCUAACUGCCCGACCCUCCCCAAACUCUGCACAGCUUGGUUUCGUUGGUGAGAUUCAAAGUGUAGACACCAAUGUGUUGAGGCCCCUCAUUGACAACUAUCACAUCCCAGUGAUUGCCUCUGUUGCAGCUGAUAAGUCGGGACAAUCAUACAACAUCAAUGCAGACACUGCAGCAGGGGAGUUGGCAGCAGCAUUAGGAGCUGAAAAACUUAUCCUUUUGACGGAUGUGGCUGGGAUUUUGGAAAACCGAGAUGAUCCAGGAAGUUUGGUGAAGGAGGUUGAUAUCAAAGGAGUGAAGAAGAUGAUGGAUGAUGGCAAGAUUAGUGGUGGGAUGAUUCCUAAAGUGAAUUGUUGUGUGAGGUCUCUGGCUCAAGGGGUAAGGACUGCUAGUAUCAUUGAUGGCCGGCUAGAGCACUCCCUGCUACUUGAGAUUUUAACUGAUGAAGGAGCUGGAACAAUGAUUACUGGGUAAAUCACGGUGCACAUAAUACCAGUGGUUAACCCGUAUUGUUAAGCAGUUUGAUCAAUUUGGCUUUAUUCAAGAACUACUAUUUGCUUGUAAGCUGAGCUGAAAUUUACUCAACGGACAAAUGUUUGUUUUAGUAAUUAAUGUUGCACCAUUUGGGCAAUGAGGCAUUCUGAAUUUCUUA